AUGAUGUUUAGUUCUGCGUUAAAAAGCACUAUUGAAGAACUUGUUUAUGAUAAAAAAGAAAAUGAAAUCAUAUCUUUCGAAGAACUAGAUAAACCCCCAUUCAAAGAACUUAGGGACUAUGAAAGGGAACAAUCCAACGCAUUCUUUUCUGUGGAAUCACAUAAAAUUCGGAAUUUGAAAAACAAACACAGCCUUGUCGGGCUAAUCAAAGUUGGUGGUGAUGACGAUAACAUUUACAUAAAAACCGAGGAUCUUGAAAUUUCUAAGAAGCCUUUCGAUGGUGGUUCAACCUGCCGAAUGUAUAAAGGGAAAUUUCAAAACCACGGGGUCGUUAUGGAUGUUGCGUGCAAGGAAUUUGUGGUAAGGUUUACAGGGAAACAUAAAAAGCGUCUUGAAAAGGAAUUACGAUGCAUAAAAAAGCUGCAGCACCCUAACGUCGUGCGACACCUAGGCAUGGACGUAUCGCGUAACGUCAUUGUUACCGAGUAUCUAGAAAAGCAUAUCACUAUGUCAGAUGAAUUGAUGACAGUGAAUAAUGCGCGGCAAUUAUUAGACUCUCUUGAAUGUGACUUACCAUGGAGCAGCAGGCUGGACAUUAUCCAACAGGCAUCCUUGGGGUUGUCCUUUCUUCAUGAAAAGCAAGUUGUACAUUCCGACUUUAAAGCGGGCAAUGUAUUUAUUGGCGGUGGAAAAGAUGACAGGUACAUUGUCAAAAUAGGCGAUUUUGGACAGGCGACAUUCGACUACCAUCAGUUUUCUUUAUCACAAGCGACAUCGUUGGUAAAUAGUUCAACAAUGAAAGCAAGUGAGAAGACAAGGGUUGCCCUUGGUACAGCGCCUUACACAGCUCCUGAGCUUACUGAAAUCGGAGCUCAAAGAAAUGUGAAAAGUGAUGUGUACAGCUUUGGAAUGGUAAUGGUUGAAUUCACUCUUCCUGAUCGUUCUCAUCCAUGGGAGGGAGAAAUAGGUACAUGUGAUCUCAUUUAUCACCACGUAAAGCAAGGGAAAAGGCCAAAUAUUUCAAGUGCGUCUUUUGAUGGCCUGACAGAUGAUCAAAAGGAAAAGUGGACAGCGAUUAUCGAACUUUGCUGGGUCCAAGAUCUGUCCCAAAGGCCAACUAUGACUGCUGUAAAAGACAUGCUUUUUAACUUGUCCACCUUUCGAAAACCAACAAAGAAAAACAAAGUUGUUAAAAGUACUCUUAUCGAUGUCGUCAAUAUACCGCUUUCUUUGCAUCAAGGCAGUGCAAUUGAACGAGUUGGGGAAGUUGUAGCUGAAAUGUCAGAAGAAAACCCGGACAUCUCAAAUGAGUUGAACGAGGAUAUUGAAGCCUAUGUUCAGAAACAGGAUGGGACGAAUUCUUGUUCUUUUCUGGGAGUCAAGAACGCAGACGUCGUUUAUUGUCAGCCAACUCUUGUCAAAGACCAAACUUUACUGAAGCAGGCAAUCGAAAAAACAAUAUCUGAUUUCCCUCCCAUAAUAAACGAGUUUCGUAAUCGUAGCGAGUUUUAUAACGCGGAGGAAGCCUUGGGGAUCCUUAGCUCUCGAAAACUUCUGAGUUUUGAGUACACUUUUAAAGAGUUAAUAACAGACCAACUAUGCAAAGAUCCUGAGCUUAAAAAAGAACUUCUCGAGAAAGCCAUCUUAAGACUAAGUGAGGAAGACCCUUCUGUGGGCCUUUACACCUGCUCUCCGAUUUGUUUAACAGUAGGUUUUGUAGAGAAUUCCUAUAUAUUGAUAGAUACACACCAUAUCGGGGAGACACUCAAUGGGAAUGGGAAUGCAUUUAUCAAAAUCCUUAAAUGCCAAAUGAAUGAGCAGUCACGGAUUGCUGGAGCGAAGGCGGUAAUGACUUGGAUAACCCAAAGAAUGUCCAGUAUUCUUGGUGAUCAAAAAGGGCCAGAAUCGCUAUUUCGUCUGUCUAAGAAAAACAGAGAAAACCAUUUUGAGUCGGUCUGCGAUAUCUCCUUGUCAGACGAUGACGAAGAUGUUCUCCUUGCUAGUUUCAUGGAUAACACCCCUGAAGAUAUCAAGAAUGUUGAUGGAAUAGAGGAACAAGAUAUGGACGUUUCUGUUGAUCAAAAUUUAAUUAAAGAGCUGUGGCAAAAACCGUCACCUGAAGACAAAAAAGGUGAGAAGGAGGAAAUCCUUUGGAAGGGAUACCUCACUAAAUUUGGUCUGUCUUCCUUAAAGGAGUUCCAGCUGGAAGCAAUACGCGCUAUUGAAAGGGGGAAAAAUGUGAUCGUCAUUCAAAAGACAGGAAGCGGAAAGAGCAUUUGCUUUCAAUUGCCUUCCAUUUUUGAUGACAGUAAGUUUUCAGUGGUGAUAUGCCCGACCGUUUCACUUAUUAACUCUCAAGUGGAAAGCUUAAGUGCCUUCGGCAUCAGUGCAGUUGCUGUUGGACCACAACACGAAUUAGAACAUUCAACGUUUGACGACAACAUUCCUUCUUUGAUUUAUACAACCCCUGAAUAUUUUGACAUGAAGCUGAAAUAUUUCCUAGGCGCAUACCUUUCCAAAAUACAUAUGAUUGUAAUCGAUGAAGUCCACAAAGUCUUUGAUAGGAAUUCUGAAUUUCGUUCUUGCUACGAACAUCUGCGCAAUCUUCAUCAGGCGUUCCCGGGAAUUCCUGUCAUGGCUUUGACAGCAACUUUGAAUGACACCCAGAUAAAAUCGCUGUGCGAAGAGUACUUGAGUUUCCCAGUUUUGAUUCGUUCCAGUGCUGACCGCCCUAAUAUAAAAAUUAAUGUUGCGUCAUACCAGGGAAAGCGUCCGGUAAAAGGCGACAGAAACAGUAUUUGGAUGACUACGGCCAAGCAGAUUUCAAAACUCCUUGGAAAAGAAUAUAGAAUUGUGUAUAUGGACUUCAAAAAGGACGUAGAAAUUAUGACGGAUUGUCUGAAGCAGGCUGGCAUGCAAGACGUCAAAUCAUAUCAUGGUGGAAUAAGAUUGGAAGAAAAGAAAAAAAUCGAUUCGUCCUUUAGAAACAAAGAGUUUCAAGUCUUAGUAGCCACCGAAUCCUAUGAAGUUGGGACGCACAGCCCCCAUGUGCAGUCUGUAAUACGCAUAGGGUGUAUGCGUAACCAGGGAGUCCUUAUCCAAGAGUUUGGAAGAGCUGGAAGAAGUGGUGAACAGUCCGAUGGCUACUUGUGGUUUAAUGAAUACAAAGAUGACCAGAGGCUGUCUUUCUGGGUCCUGGGGUGCAGUCAAGAAGAAAGCGUAAAGAUAAAAGAUAUGUAUAAAGAUUCUUGGCGUUGGAUAUACGGUGUAUACAAUGGCAGCUGCUUAAGAGAGGGACUUCUAAACGGAUAUGAAGACCAAACUAUAAUCAACCUAGACUCUCCGAGCGGUGAAUGCUGCACCGGAUGUGACAUAAAAGAAAAUCACGAGAAGGAUUUCGAUGCGCAAGACACAAUUCGUCUAUUGUUAUCUGCGAUUCAAGAAAUAUCAAAAAUAACCAACCCAAAUGAAGACAAAAUUGUUUCAUGGCUCCUUGGCGCAAAAAGGGAUUGGCUGUCUAAGCCAGAAGUGCAGAAGGCAAUCGAGAAGUCGUCGACUUAUGGUGUAGGCACGUUGCACAAAGGUAAUAAACUAGAUAGAAUGUGGUGGUCAAGGCAUCUGCGACAAGCUAUCCAUCUAAAUUUGACUGAAAUUGAUUUCUGUAUUAUCAAGACACCCAGCUUUACUAACACGUCCAGAAUAUACAAAUCUACCAAAAAAGGGGAGGAGUUCUUAAAAUCACCUUCCCAGUUGAUGGUAUUAUCUCCUGCUGUUGACCCGCUUGAUCAGACUCCUUUUAAAAAAGCAACUAAAGAAAAGAAAUCCAACACUAGCGGAAGAGGAAUCCACCUCUUGCCGAAACUUAAACUUGAAAUUAGCAAGAACAGCAACUGGUUUAUUAUCGAAAAAAGAGAUGACUACCAGUUCCCCGGUUUUAAUCAUGCAAAACUUGGAUUUUGCGAAGACAUUAAAAAAUUUCCGAAUUUCAAUCAGCAUAAAAGGAUCCAUUUUAUGUGGGACGAUAACCAAUUAACAAAAAAACACUCUAAUACUCGCCUAUGCACCCUACUCAUCGAAGGCAAAAGGGAAGAAAUAUACGUGCGGCGUGCACAGUGUGAAGGCGUUAAGGCAUGCGAGGCUGAUGGAUGUCCGUACACAGUAUCUAAUAGACAAAAAAAGAACAAAUGUCAAAAGCACGAGGAAACACACAGACUCAAAAUGCUUGGACCAUGCCCCGCGCAAAUGAUUUAUGCUUGGCCUAAAGAAGAUGAUGGCAGACGCUGGAUAGGUAUACUUCCAGACGCCAAGCACAACCAUGCAAAGCCUGCACCGCAUCUGGUAACACAAGAUGUUAAAGAAAGUAUCAGCAAGGCCUUGUGUAAGGAUUCCUCUUUGACAACAAAAGAUUUACAAAAAGGUUAUGGAUUGGGGAUUAUACCAGGAGAGGUCUGCCCAGCGGCAUCUAAUCCCGAAAGAAUUAGACGUGAAAGAGCAAAAUUGAUACGGAAUGGGACAAUGACCAAUAAGAAACUUGCGCCUCUCCAAAAAAUUUUAGAAUUCGAAAAAAUCAUAAACAAAGUACAAAAUGAGCAAGACGGAGGAGAUGAGGAAAUGACAAAAAAGGUCAAUGACAUGAUGGGAAAUUACCAGAUGGAUGGGAUGGAAUAUUCAUUUAAGCCAGGGAGAAAACAUGCUUUCUUCAUGUCACCAUACCAAGCCAAACUCUUGAGUGAAGCGGAUGAGCUGUUUGCUGAUAUCACGUACACUGGUAACGAAGACUUCCCGUAUUUGCUGAAUAUGGUCGUUUUUAACCCCACCACUGUACACUAUCAAGCUGUGGGAAGAGUGCUGUGCGAUAAACAGGAUGGAGUGUCAUACGCAAUCUCUAUUUAUGAAGUUUUUUCUCAUGUUACUAAACAUUUUCCAAAUUUCAAGAAUGGAAAGGAGCUAGUCAAUAUCUUAGUUGAUUUCGAUGACGCCGAGUACAACGGUUUUGAGACAGUGCUUGGAAAAGAACUUGUCGAAAAGUUAAUUAGAGGCUGCUCAGUACAUUGGAUGAGAUCUGUAAAUAGAGGUUCUAAAAUAUUGUGCCAGUCAAAGGAGGAGGAGCAAAUAUUCAAAGCACUUGGAAGAUGCAUAGAGAGUAUUGAGAAGAAAGAGGAUGUCAUGGACGUGUUUGAUGUUUUAUCUGUUAAAAAAGAAUUGAAAGUUGCUAAAUCCUUUUUAAAGGACGAAAGUCAAAAAUCUUUAUGCGAUACACUAGAGAACAUGCAUUGGAAAAGAGGAAAACACUGGGCUGCAUGGUGGACAAGACCACGUCAUCUACAAAUGUUCACAAAGGCAUUCACUUUAAAAGAAACAGACGACUGGGCUUCUCUAUCAAGCACGACCAAUCCGGUAGAGUCAAUCAACCGCCAAACCUUUAAAUMAAAAAAUAAUCUAAAUUUUAUUCUAGAAAAUAUGUACAUGGAAGACAGAGUCCAUGCUGCAAAAGUCGUUGCCCGGUCUAAUAACGUCAACAUCGAUUUUACGACAGCAAAUGCACGACGAAAUAGGAAACGAAAGCGCUCAAGCUUGACUAACGACAAAAAGGAUAGUACAAAUGGUCCGCCAGACAGAACGAGCGACAUUCAUGACGCAAAGCGACCGCGAAGAAGAGGAAGAGGAUUAAUCAACAGCUCUGUUGAAGUGGAAUACAACGAGAAGAAUAAAGAAGGCAAAUUGGAGUACCUUGGUUGGUUAACGGGCACUGUGACUGCCUAUAAUAGUAGGAGAGGUUAUCUUGUCCAAUUUGACAAUCAAAAGGACGAGAAUGGUAAUGAAACUGGAGAAUGGAGUGACUGGUUCCAUCAAUGA